AAGAAAAUGUCAGUCACCAUGCAUGAAAAUCGCAAAUCUAGGGCCAGUACUGGCUCCAUAAACAUAUACUUGUUCCAUAAGUCAUCCUAUGCUGAUAGUGUCCUUACUCACCUGAACCUUCUGCGUCAGCAGCGUCUCUUUACAGAUGUACUUCUCCAUGCUGGGAACAGGUCGUUCCCCUGCCACAGAGCCGUUCUAGCUGCUUGUAGCCGCUAUUUCGAAGCGAUGUUCAGUGGAGGACUGAAGGAGAGCCAGGACAGUGAAGUCAACUUUCAUAAUUCGAUUCACCCAGAAGUCUUGGAGCUUCUUCUGGACUAUGCGUAUUCCUCCAGGGUUAUCAUCAAUGAGGAGAAUGCAGAGUCGCUGCUGGAGGCCGGUGACAUGCUGGAGUUUCAGGACAUUCGGGAUGCUUGUGCAGAAUUUCUGGAGAAGAACCUUCAUCCCACCAACUGUCUUGGCAUGCUGCUGCUGUCGGAUGCUCACCAGUGCACGAAGCUGUAUGAACUCUCUUGGAGGAUGUGUCUUAGCAACUUCCAGAGUAUCAGUAAAAGCGAAGACUUCCUCCAGCUGCCGAAAGACAUGGUCGUGCAGCUCCUUUCCAGUGAAGAACUGGAAACUGAAGACGAAAGGCUGGUGUAUGAAUCGGCUAUCAACUGGAUCAACUAUGACCUGAGUAAGCGUCACUGUUACCUGCCUGAGCUAUUGCAGACGGUGAGACUGGCCCUCUUGCCAGCCAUAUACCUUAUGGAGAAUGUGGCCAUGGAAGAACUGAUCACCAAGCAAAGGAAGAGCAAAGAGAUCGUAGAAGAGUCGAUAAGAUGCAAGUUAAAGAUCUUGCAGAAUGAUGGAGUGGUCACUAGUUUGUGUGCCAGGCCCCGUAAAACUGGCCAUUCACUUUUUCUUUUGGGUGGCCAAACCUUUAUGUGUGACAAGCUGUACCUGGUGGACCAAAAGGCAAAGGAGAUCAUUCCAAAGGCUGACAUACCGAGUCCACGGAAAGAGUUCAGCGCUUGUGCCAUCGGCUGCAAAGUGUACAUCACUGGGGGACGAGGGUCAGAAAAUGGAGUCUCCAAAGACGUGUGGGUGUAUGACACCCUUCACGAGGAGUGGUCGAAGGCUGCUCCCAUGCUGGUAGCUAGGUUCGGGCAUGGCUCUGCUGAACUCAAGCACUGUUUGUAUGUUGUAGGAGGACACACCGCAGCAACUGGUUGCCUGCCAGCUUCCCCUUCAGUAUCCUUAAAGCAAGUAGAACAGUAUGACCCCGUGACCAACAAAUGGACCAUGGUUGCCCCAUUGCGAGAGGGAGUAAGCAACGCAGCUGUGGUCAGCGCGAAGCUUAAGCUGUUUGCCUUUGGAGGUACCAGCGUCAGCCAUGACAAGCUGCCCAAAGUUCAGUGCUAUGACCAGUGUGAAAACAGAUGGACGGUACCAGCCACCUGCCCCCAGCCCUGGCGCUACACAGCCGCAGCUGUUCUGGGUAACCAGAUUUUUAUUAUGGGCGGAGAUACCGAAUUCUCUGCGUGCUCCGCUUAUAAAUUCAACAGUGAGACAUACCAGUGGACUAAGGUGGGAGAUGUGACAGCCAAGCGAAUGAGCUGCCACGCAGUGGCAUCUGGCAACAAAUUGUAUGUGGUCGGAGGAUACUUUGGCAUUCAGAGGUGCAAAACGUUGGACUGCUACGAUCCCACAUUAGAUGUGUGGAACAGCAUAACAACUGUGCCCUAUUCGUUAAUUCCCACGGCAUUUGUCAGCACAUGGAAGCACCUCCCCUCAUAAUUGUGUGCAUGUUGCAAUUACAAAUUAUCAGUUUACUUCUUUAUUUGGAGAAGAUAAUUGGAACCUCAGAUCUGGAGAAACUUUUAAUGAAGAAAAAUCAUUCAGCGUCUCUUGCAUUUGAAGAAACUCAUCUGCACCUUGUAAAUUAUCUAACCUAGACAUGAAGGAAUGGGAGGAAAAAGAACUGUCUUCAGUGCUUCAGCACAUGGUUUAAAUAUGAAUGGACGAACCUAGGAUCUGGCCCUUGUGCUAGUAAUCGUGGAUUAAUGCCAAUAUUAAUCAGUCCUUCAAAGAAGAAAAAGAGGAGACAGAACUUCU